GGGAAGAUCUCAGUCACGUGUGAACCUUCGAGGUGGGAGGUUGUCUCUACCCUCAUCGCUCACUCUUAACACCGCUCGCGUAGCACCUCUUUACUGUAACGUCGCCUACGUAACACUUCUUAGCAAACAAGGAUAAUGACGGCUGGUCUUGUCCUCCUAGCGGCGGCGGCGCUGCUGGUGCAAGCCACACACGGCCAGAACUUUAUGUCGCAGGCUCGGGAGGACAUGUUCUCUGCUACUAGCAAGCUCGAAGAUCUCCUAAGCUUGGAGGCGGAGAUCGUGAGGAUGGUGGAGAGGUACCUGGAGGCCGCUAACCACAGGGUCGACAUUAUCAAACGGUAUGUGUCAGAGUACCAUCGCUUGAGCACUGAAGGAGGCACCGGAGGUGGCUCAGGGUCCGGAGGGAUGGUGGUAGCUCACCCCGUCGACGCCUACUUAUUGCUGAAGCGACUCACUGUCGAGUGGGCGAGCGUGGAGGACGCUAUGACCCUCCAUGCUAAUGCUACACAAGAGUUGGUACAGCGUGUGGCGUUGUUCCGGGAGAGGUCAACCUUCCCAGUGAUGGAGGACCUGCACGGUGCUGCCGUAGCUUUGGUCCGCCUUCAGGAUACGUACAACCUCAACAUGACCACCUUACCUGCUGGUACCUUCACUGGCACCGGACCCACCUCCAGCGAGUUCCACAGCAGCAAGCCGCUCAGUGCAAGGGAUUGUUUGUUCCUAGGCAAACACGCUCUCAAUAAGGGUUAUUAUGAUAAGGCAAUCGAGUGGUUUGAGGCAGCCCUGGAGAGAGCCAGUGAUGAAGAGGACGCCUCAGCGUCCAGAGAUGAAAUUGAGCCUUUUUUGAAGUCAGCUAUUAAAGUUCACGAUGAUGUGCUGGAAACGCGUGGUCCUCGUGGAUUGGACUGGCAAACCAAGUGGGUUCCCGUGGAUGAGGAGCUGGCCAGCAAGCACAAAUACCGAGAGGUCUCCAACCAAAGGUUCCAACCCAAGCUGUACCAGCAGCAGAGUGAGGAGGAGGAGAGGGAACACUUCUCCAGGCUAUGUCGUGGCCAGAGACUCAGAGUAAGUUCUUAUUUCAUAUAUGUGAUCAACUUUGUUAUACCGCAGCUCGCCACAUCCCGUCAUCGAGGUCCUGACGGUGACUUCAUCACCAGCAUGAUCAGGACUAGCAAAAACGCAUGGUUGCGAGAAAGCGACGAGGCUGAUGACCUGCUGGUAAACUUGACUAAGAAGAUUGAGAUGACGACGAGGCUCCACGCCCUCAGACUCUCAGCAGGCGAGGAUUACCAGGUUGCCAACUAUGGGAUUGGUGGGUUAUACGUGACCCACACGGACCACCUCAUGAUGAACCCAGACCCCUCCGUCUACACUGCUUGGGAACGCUUCAUGGGUGACCGCUUUGCCACUUUCAUGGUUUACUUAUCUGAUGUGGAGGCGGGUGGCGCGACUGUAUUCCCACGAGCUGGAGUGACCAUCUGGCCCAAGCGUGGAUCUGCAGCUUUCUGGUGGAACCUCUACAGUUCUGGUGUUGGUGACGAAAACACCAGACACGGAGGCUGUCCAGUCCUCCACGGCUCAAAGUGGAUUUGCAAUAAAUGGGUGCACUACAACGACCAGUUCUUGCAACACCCAUGUGGUCGGAACACCUGGGAUAAACUGGUGGUGCCUUAGUGUUGUGUGCUCCGUCCUCCACUCUGCCAACUACCAGACUACUGCCACCAACCCUCAGAGGCCCGGCCAAUCCAGAGUUACCCAUCUCACACCGACCUUUUCCAUCCCAUACUGGCUUUCCCCUUCCAUUACUGACUUUUCCGGGCUCUUACCGACUCGGCCCGACACAAGCCCUUCCCUUUCUGACACCGUCUUUUUACCUGGCGCCAGUUUUCCACGUCUGCCACCGAUUCUGCCAGACACCAUCCAGUCACAGAGCGACCCAUCCCAUACCGACCUUCUCCAUCCCACAUUGGCUUUCCCCUUCCAUUACUGGCUUUGCCGGGCUCUUGCCGACUCUGCCCGACACAGGCCCUUCCUGGUCUGACACCACCGUCUCUCUUCCCAGCGCCAGGUUUCCCCAUCUGCCACUGAUUCUGCCAGACACCAGCCUUUACCACCUGGCACUGAGUCUUUCCAUACCUUCCGGCACCAACGCUCCCCACCCAUUUAUUUGGGUAAUAGUGAGGAGAUAGUAGUUCUUGACAUACUAAACCCGUGUGGGCCAUUCAUCGUACGAAGUGUUGGAGGCUCAGUCCUUCGUCCAGUAAAUACGGCCCCGUCUCUAAACAGUUUGAUUUGUAGGGAGAUACAUAUUCAGUUACAUGGAACCUUUAUUGACAACGUUUUGCCCACAGUGAGCUGUAUCCAAUUACAAACAUAAACCUGAUAAGGGAGGGGUAACAUAUAGUAUAUAGUAGUGAGAUGGUGGCGAUAUAUAGAGUAAGUGAGGUGCCCAUCAAGUCAGUGAUAUCCAAAGGAUCUGUAUCUUGCGUGUGGGUAAGUCAUUCAGUGCUAGGAGUGGUCCUCUAUCCGCUAAUCGUGAGACGGACGCGAUACUCUCGCAGCCAGCUAAGCUUAGAGUAGAAUCAAUAUUAUCUGAAAUCUUUCCAAUAUGAGGUUCAGAUAAACUAGAAACCAUUGAAAUUGUUGGAGAUAUUUAUGAUUGCAGAUCGGAGGACCCUUUUAUGCCCAGUCAGGCAUCCCUGUGCUGAACGUGUACUGGAAGGCGUUCAGUGACAGAUUGACAAACUAGACACACUACUGAACCUUGCUCCUUGACGAAGACAUUCGCAGACCUGCUAACCCAUUCUACUCCUUAUAUGCACCUGCUCCAAACCCUAUUUAUAGAUAAUUUCUGUUCUUACUAGCCUGUCCUAACAGGUGUGGACCUUAAAAGAUGUGCGUUUUUAACCCCCCCCCCCCCCUCCUUACAUCACCAUUGGAUUCUCUCGCAGGUACCUUGCGCUUGUUCUUGUUUGGCGUCCACCCAACUCGUGUGCCUUAUCAGUCCUCGUCACACCAGUCUCUGACCCACGAUCGCCUUAGCUACUUGGUUAAGCCCUGGUACUAUCCCUUCCACUCAACCUUCCUCUCACCAACCUGCUCUUCCACUAUCCCCACUUCCCCGCUCACCCCACAAGGGUAUUACCUAUACUCUCUUGUCUUGUCUUGGACCCUUCUCUGGGUGUUUUGAGAAUUAAGUAGGCGUUGUUGAGAUUUUCUUUUCUGAUAGCAUAUUGGUGUACUGAUAUUCGUUGGUGGAGGUCUGGAUGUUUCAGCUAUGUAAAUUUGGUCAGUUAUUACAUGGGAUUGUCUCUACCGCUGUGUAGUUGUAUAGUCACGUAGGUGGUGGUUCUGUCUCGUGAUGUUCUUGAUGGAGGUUGAGGUUCUGGUGGCUGGCUAUGUCGAGUUAAUAAAUUGGAAUGGCAGACUACUAAUUGCCAAGAAGAACGAUCCUGAGAGAAGAAAAGUCCUUGAAUCUGCACUCAUCAGUAACUUAACGACUUGAACCAGUCAAUAGUUUCUACAGUUUGUCUAACCAUCUUGUUGGAAAACUAGGACAUUUGCCAAUAACUCGAACCUGACGCGUACCCCACUUACUACUCACCUCACCGAUAUUUGUUUGCUAGCUCUUUCUUACCGCAUGUUACUAGGUAUGAUAAUUGUACUUAUGUGUACCUGUUUCCGGUGGGAUCUCCGGCCAUCGUUGCCGUCAUUGUGCUGCGCUUCUCCGGGCCUGCGCGGGAGUGCUCCGGCCUCCCUCUAGGUAGGCUGCCCUCCUGCCUCAGCGUCCGGACCAUUCUUUGAUGCAGCGAACAGUCUAUUGUUUCAUGUUUUAAUAUACCUAAACAAACUUACUUAAGGUUCCAUGUAACUAUACGUAUCUUACCAAUGCAUUGGUAUCUCAUACCCGAGCAAUUAGGUUGUUGGUAACUGCUUAGAGGAACUGGAUUAAAGAUGAAAUUAAGACACAUGUGCAACAUCUGGGUAUCUUUAUUGUAGACGUUUCGCCAUCCAGUGGCUUUAUCAAUACAAAUUCUAGGACAUAACUUGAAGACAGUAGAACUAUGUACAGAAGAUGAGGUAAUCAGUCCCUCAACCUAGGAGUAGGUGCGAAGAGCACCAUAGUCUUGGAGAUUCUGAAGCAGAUAUGAUAGGACUCACAGGUAAGGACCCGCGAGGGGCAAGUGGGGACAGUGCGAAGAAUAGACGGUGAGAGGAAUGUCUGGAGUCGAAGAGAGAAGAGUCAGGACUAGACCCAACUGCUAAGCCUGGAUAAACAAUAACGAAGACGACGUAAAAGACAACAGGGACUCUGCGGGUGCUGACUGCAACUUACUGGAAGCAUAUCAACUUGCAAUGACUGGAUAUGGUUCAGGGACACGUUGCUGCAAAGGCGACGCAAACGCACACCGCAAGCACUUCAUCCCUAAAAACGCACAAAGACACAGCUCUACGGCAAUGGCACUUUUAAGUUAUUUGAAUUUUUAAGCAAAAGUCAGAUAAUUUAUUUGUAUUGUGGUGGAGGUGCCGGAUCAUACAACGAUUGAAAAAGAUUUACAUCAUUGUAAGGACGUCUGAGAGUAUCUGCUAAGUAUGUAGUCCAGUAGUCAUGAUAUGCUUCAAGUCUGUCAAGUUGUUUGUCACUGUGUGUCUUCCAGUAUACGUGUUUGUCGUGAGGUGGAGAGAUUCACUGGUAGCAAAUUCGUCCCACCUCACCCCCAACACCCAACGUAAUGCACGAUUCUGGAUACGUUGAAAUUUUAGUGCGUUUGUCUUGGCGAUUAACGUCAGAGCGAGUGGAAAGUAAGAGAGUAGAGGACGAAUGAGUGCUUUGUAAAGAUGUAGUUUUGUCUUGGGACUGGCUCCUCGCAGCUUGUAUAACCUUGAGAGUGCAGUUCCCCCCUGUGUGGUCUUUGCAGUAAUGUGAGAUUUUAGGUUCAGUGUGUGGUCGAGGGUAACACCAAGGACAACUGUCGAGAAGGAGCGUGGGAUGGGGGUACGGGAGGUGCUUGUUUUGAGUUCGACAGGAGUGGGGACAUCACGCAUUCUAUGGAAGUAAGUGAUUUUUGACUUAUUUGGGUUGGUUUUGAUUCGCCAUAAUAAUUCCCAGGCGGUAAUCCUGUCGACCUCUCUUUGUGUUCUGCGUGCAAGGAAACGAAAGUUUUCAUGUGUUGUGAGUUGAGUGAUGUCUGCGUAAGAAAGGGUAAGUGUGUUUGGGUAAAGAGGUUCACGUAAAUCAUUCGUGUAGAGUAUAUAUAGGGUGGGAGACAGGACAGAGCCUUGGGGUACACCCGCUUUUAAUGUGAAGUAGUCCGAAUAAUGAUCUCUGAACCGUAUACGCAUCGUUCGGCCAAUGAAGCAGAAGAAAGGAGCCUGGCGCUUAUAUAGUAACGUCAGGUGUAGCAGACGAGGGCAUAGUCACUGGUAGGCGGGAUUCCCCAGUGGAAGUAGGUCCUUCCCAAAGAGAUGGGUUAGUUGUAGAGGUAAUCAGUCCCUAGGUUGAGGGACUGAUUACCUCAUCUUCUGUACAUAGUUCUACUGUCUUCAAGUUAUGUCCUAGAAUUUGUAUUGAUAAAGCCACUUGAUGGCGAAACGUCUACAAUAAAGAUACCCAGAUGUUGCACAUGUCUUAAUUUCAUCUUGUCGGUAUUAUAUACCAUUCUUACAUGGAUUAAAGAUGAUUGAAUGGAGAAGGGCAAUAAUUGAAGCAUGCUGUGUAUGUAGGUGCUGCGUAUGUGGCACAGGUGAAGACAGUAUUUGCAUGGAACUCCGAAGUUUGAGAGAGAGGAGACCGCUGAUCGUAAGUCCUAGUCAGAAGAUAAUGGUUGUGAAAAAUAUUAAACCAAAACUAAAUAUUCUUACUUAAACUUUUUAAGUGAUAUAAGUUAAAUUCCUAUAAUUUAUGUAAACAAAAAUUAUUUGCUGGUAUUGUAAUUAUAAUAAUUAUAGAUCAGCAAAUAUAACUAGACUACAGAACGAUCUCUCAAAUUAUUGUGAUAAAUUUGUAUAGGCUGUAGCAAAAUAUACAAUAAAUAAGUUAUAUCGUAGGAGGAGAAAGAGACCCUAAGAUAACGUGGAGGUGGAUGAAUAUAGUGAGAAGAGAGGAGAGCAUAAAUACAGCAGAAAAUCUAGAUGGUUAUACUUAGUCCUAAAAGAGAAGUAGAGCUAACAAAAGACAAAAGGAUGUAUAAACAGCGUGGGAAGUUAGGAGACACUAGAGAAAAUGAACGUAGUAAGACAAGACCCGAGGGACUGCAAGAGGAGAGAAAUUUUUACUGUGGAAAGUACCAGUAAGUAACAGGAGUCUUAGGUAUUAUGAGCAAGACUGAAGUACUAUCCUCUUUCACAAGAGGGAGGGGUACUACUCCUCGACCUCCUUGAGAGGGAGGAUUACUACUCUUCCCAUUUCCGAGAGGAAGGGGCACUACCCCUCCCAUUCUGAAGUGGGAGUACUGUCCUUCCCAAGAGGGUGGGGUACUUCCCCCUCCACAAGAGGGACGGGUACUACCCUCCCCUGCCCAAGAGGGAAGAGGACCACCCUUCCCAGGAGGGAAGGGAAUUACCCUCCCCCUGCGUAUAUACAUGCAGCUGCAUAUACAGAAGAAUGAACGGGACGGGAACUCGAACCGUGAUCCUAGUAUGCAGUCAGCCCAACGCUGUACCACUGAGCCACGAAGUUUAUUGUAAGCUUCGUGACUCAGUGAUACAGCAUAAGACCUGCUGCGUGCCAGGACCACUCAGUGGUACAGCAUAAGACAUGUUGCGUGCCAGGACCACUCAGUGGUACAGUAUAAGACCUGCGUGCCAGGACCACUCAUUGGUACAGCAUAAGACCUAUUGCGUGCCAGGACCACGGUUCGAGUUACCGUCCAUUCUUCUGUAUAGUUACUGAUCGUAGUACACUACGACUUACGAGUUUGUACAGCUGUAUGCUGCCAGGUUCAUAGAUUUACAAUUUUAUUUGUUUAUUAUAUUUAUGGAGAAACCCUAAACCCGUAGGAAUCGUACAGGUGCCUGGGAAUGGGCAUAAUUGUUUGAUCCAAAUAAUUGAAGCUUAUUCCAAGUCCUUUGGAUCAAGAUCCCUUCAGCAGCAUCACGGCACCUCCCCUUCCAUGAUUGUUCCUGCAUAUUACAUCGCAGACAACAUAGCGUCACAUGUUCAUAUUGUAUGCCUUUGUAGAUCUUGAUCCAAGAAAUUGGAGCUACCCUCACCUUUAUAUCUGAGUGUCUCAUUUCCCAGGCUAUAUAUAGCUCUUAGAGGUUUAGCGCUUCCCUGUAUCUUUAAGAGGGGUGCCUGGUUGCUGGUGAAAAGUUCAUGUUCCAGUGAAUUUGAGCUAUUUUUCCUCGUAUUAAACCUGGUUAUCCCCUAUUCCCUGUGCGAUGUAUGACCCAUAUGGGUUUAGCCCUUCCCCAUGAAUGUUUGAUAGUGUAUGCGCGUCUUAAAACAUUAAUACAGCAAUAAAAAUGUAUGUAUACUUGUAUAUUUUAUUAAUACAACAGCUGUAUAGCCCUUGUGGCUUAGCGCUUCUUUUUGAUUAUAAUAAUAAUAAUAUUAAUACAACAUAUGUUUGCUACUGAAUGUGUUUGCCUUCCUGUCUAAUAUGUUAAAUGGUGGUGAGGCGCAGACUGCUCCUUCCCCACGCAUGAUGGCGCAACUUCCAAACUAUCUACCCAUCGCUGUGUGAGGUGUGCCGAGGCUCGUCACUCCUAUUCCUGUUCAUGCCUUGUAUACCUUGAAGGAACGCCAGAUCUGCCUCCUGAAGAUGGAAGGAAUGUGGUACUGAUCAGACCGACUAUCGUCGAAAAACUGGUCGUUUGACGAAGUUUUCCAUUUGGUCUCCACUUCCUGCAGACAUAAGCUCUUCGGUUUUUGUUUGUAACAAAUUUGAGACUUCUGAGGUAUAUAUUCUUAUAUAUCACUGUUACUCAUGUAUCUUAAGUUAUCAUCUUAUGCUCUUCAGGCUUUCUCGUCUACUCGUCAUUUUUCUCAGACCUUGUUCAUUCGCUACACGAUCUAAUUUUUCCACUCAUCGUGCGUCAGCAGUAGAGAUUCAUGCUGGGCCUCCCUAAUCUACCUUUAAAUCUUCCUCUCGUGUUCCUCAGGAUUCUGCUUCCUUUGUUUAUACCUUCUUAUGUCUAUUUAUUCUGCAAGCACAUUUUCUGCCACUCUUGAAGUUUCCGGGGCAACUUCUUCCUUCCCUCUCCCAAUGAAUGUGAUGAAUACACAUUACUUACAGGUUUUUUUCCAACCCAUGAACAUUUAACCUGUACUACAGUACCUUCUCUUGCAUUCCUCGUGUCUUCAUUGCUGUAUAGUCCUUGUGGCUUAGCGCUUCUUUUUUAUGAUAAUCGUGUCUUCAUUCCCUUCCAGGAGAUACAGCACUUCGGGAUACAGGUUUAGCGCCUGUUUUUAGUAUAAAUGAUGAUCCAGGCGAUGAAACGAUAGACACCACAAUAAAUUAUACAAAUACCUAAACUGCUCUAUGGAAUGCAGCGCUCUAUGACCUUUUUUUUUUUUUGGUUUAGCGCCUAGUUUUGAUUAUAACAAUGCUCUAGAAUUUGAUUCCUCCACAUAUUUUGUCCGUUGCCCAAAUAAUGUUAAAAGGUCGAGGACUCCUCCACCUGACUCGUGGCUGCUAACAGUCACAUUUUGAAACGCGAAGUCAUCAGGUACGUCCGACUUGUCCCACCACUACUGCCUGCUACUUUUGUUUUACAGUCCACAUCCUGUCAAUCUUUAGUGAUCUCUUAUCAAGACAUUAGCUGCCUGACUGCGGUGGAGUGCGGUUGUGCACAGCACCCCUCUGCUGUUUUGUCAAGAGAGCUCUCAUAGCAACAAUAUGGCGCUGAGUAUCCGACGUAGGGUGAACACUGUCGGCGUGGAGCUGCUUUGUGGGGCGAUUUCCCCCUCUACGGCGCAGGUGUUACUUCCGGCAAUCAUCAGGGAAACGUACGGAGUGCAGGAUGAUGAGGUUUAUGGUGUGGCCCUGAAUGGGGCCUAUCGUCUAUUCGUCAAGUUAAAUUCGACGGCUGUGUACGAGUCGUUAGUGACGAAAUUUGAGCAUGUGAGUAUUGAUGUAACUCCAGCUGUCAAAGUGCGACUCAUAGACGUUUCUCGCCACUAUACGUGGGUGAAGUUGCGCAAUGUCCCCUUCGAGGCUGACGAGGAGGACUUACGGAAGGUGUUUGCAGCUUAUGGUACCGUGCAUCUGGCAACCCAAGGCAAGUGGGCGGCAGGUGCGUACGUGGGACGUCCGGAGGGUACAUUCUCCCUCAAAAUGACACUGAGGCACCCGAUCCCGUCAUACGUCGUGAUGCCGGAGUUUAGGACCC